GCCGGAAUGGGAAGUGGAGGAAUGGGGGGAAUGGGAGGAGGAGGAAUAGGAGCAGGUAUGGGUACAGGUGGAGGAAUAGGGUCCAGAGCUGGCGAGCCUUACCGCCUGGCAACUCAUGAGACUCCGACUCCUCCCCGACAUAUGCAGUCCAGCCAGGGCUCUGGUCUCGGUACGGGUCACGGCCGUACUGGGUCCAGUAUGGGAGGCCAUGAAAGUCCUGGCCAGCAUGCAUCUCGUAGAAACCUCCAAGUCGACUUCAGUGGCUCCAGGACAGGCAGAUCUCCAUCGGCUUCUCCUGACCGCAGCAUGACGCCCACCUCACCUUACUCGGUGCCCCAGAUUGCUCCCAUGCCAAGCAGCAAACUGUGUCCAGUGUGCACCACCACAGAGCUGUCCAACCCACCGGCUGUACCCAACUACAACACCUGCACCCAGUGUAAGGCCACUGUCUGUAACCAGUGUGGAUUCAACCCCAACCCACACCUCACUGAGGUCCAGGAGUGGUUGUGUCUGAACUGUCAGAUGCAAAGAGCUCUUGGCAUUGAUAUGACCACGCCUCGCUCUAAGAGCCAACAGCAGAUUCACUCUCCCUCCCACCAGGCCAAACCCAUCGUCCAGCCGCAGCAGCCCACACUUCAGCCAACGCAGUCGGCAGCAGCAGCAGCAGCACAGCCAAAACCUCUAGUACAGAGUCAGUCCACGCACCGUCAGCAGCAGCAGCAGCAGCAACAGCAGCAGCAGCAGCAGCAGCAGCAGCGGCAGCCUUCGUCUCAGCCCUACAGCCAGACACAGGCCUAUUCCCAGGCCCAGCCAUACUCUCAGUCCCAGCAGUAUCCCCAAUCUCAGUCUCAGACCUACCCAUCAUCCCAGCCGGGACUGCAGACUCAGCCUCAGGCCUCCCCAGGCUUACAGAGACACCCAGGCCCUGGCGGCCCCCAGACACAGAUAGGGCCCUCUCAGCAGGGCAUGAGGUCUGACCCACUACCCCACAGGGGUCCUGGAGCAACAGGAUCUGGUCCCAGAGGAGGCCCCAGUCAGCCUGGAGGUCCACGGAUUCCCCACCCUGGGGCUGUUCCUCUUCCUGGUCUGGCCAAAGCGCCCUCUCAGCCCGAUUUGGGUCGGGGUUCCCCAAUGCACCAGCCAAUGGCUCGGCACCAUGACCAUACCAGAAGUGCCGGCUCCUCGCCAGCCCACAGACCUCAGAGUCAAGGGCCACCUCCUGCCCAGGAUGGCCUGACCAAACUCUUUGGCUUCGGAGCAUCGCUGCUCAAUCAGGCUAGUACACUAAUCAGUGUUGACCCUCUGCCCACCGCCUCCACCCAGCCAAGCCCUGCACGAGGGAAGGUGGUGUUCAGCAAUGCAACUACUGACAUCAGGCAGCAGCCACAACAAGGAACUGCUGCACCCAAACCAUUUGGCAUGGGUGGCCCUCAUGCUCCAACUCAAAUGGGAGGCCCUCAUGCUCCCACACAAAUGGGAGGCCCUCAUGCUCCCACACAAAUGGGAGGCUCUCAUGCUCCAACUCAAAUGGGAGGCCCUCAUGGUCCAACUCAAAUGGGAGGCCCUCAUGCUCCCACACAAAUGGGAGGUCCCCAAAUGGGCGGGCUUCAUGCUCCAACUCAGAAGCAGCAACAUCAGAACAUUCCCCAUCAACAAGGUAUGACGCAACAGCAAUUACCUGUCCAUCAUCAAAAAGGGCAGCAAGGACAUCCUCAACCACACGGACAACAACAGCAGCAAACACCUGCUCAUCUGCAGAAAGUGACACAGAGGCAGGAGCCUGUGGCAGCCCCUGUACCCGCUCCAGAACCUGUGAAGCCUAAAGUGAACUGCCCGCUUUGCAAAACGGAGCUGAACAUCAACAGCCCUGACCCACCCAACUACAACACCUGUACGCAGUGUCAAAGCCAAGUGUGUAACCUGUGUGGCUUCAACCCCACGCCACAUCUGGUCGAGAAAAAGGAGUGGUUAUGUCUGAACUGCCAGACCCAGCGGCUGAUGUCUGGAGGACCCCUUGAGGAACCUCCUCUACCCGUUCCUCAUCCCUCUCCAAAGCACCAGCCAAUGGGCUCACCUCGUCACCAGGUGCCGACGAGCCAGCAAAGCCCUCUCCACAAACCCACCAAUCAGCAGGGGUCCAAGCCGAGCCAGGCCCAGAAACCACAGGCUGGAACAGGCAGUAGUGGACCGUUUGCACCCGCUGCUGCCAAACAACCGACUGACACCAAGACCGUGACUCCAGCUACAGCAACUAUAACAACCAUGGACUCCCAGAAACCAAAGUCCUCAGAGACAAAGCUAAAGACCGAGUCUGAGACCCAGCCUCCCAAAGAGAGCAAACCCUUGCAGAAGAAAGAGCCAAUUACCCCAAUCAAGGAAAUUAAGAAGUCCCGGCACUAUGAUGAUACUAAAAGCAACAGUACCCAUGACUUGUCACGCAGCCCCCAGAGCCUCAGUGACACUGGCUACUCCUCUGAUGGCAUCUCCAGCUCCCACAGCGAAAUUACAGGUCUAAUCCAAGAGGAGGAGAUGAAGCUAAGCGAGCGGGGAAUCAGUGGACGGGGCUCCCCUCCAAGUCCCUCUGAAAUUACCAAGCUAGAAAGUUCCAUGAGGCCACUGCUGGAGAAGAGUCUCUCUGAAGACAAGGCAGAUAGGAGAGGAAGAAAGCACCGAGACAGAGAUUUAGAUGAUAGAGGGAAGCAGCGUCCACGCUCCCUGUCAAUCCCUCCAGACGCGUACGACUCUGAUGAGGAAUUAGAGGACAUAAUGGAAGAAGAAGAAGAUGGAGGAGACUGGGAAGGUAAACGGAAGGAAGGAAAGGAUGACAAGAAGGACAAGAAAAAGAAGGACAAAGAGGCUGAGCCCACAGAAAUGACAGAUGAGGAAUUCAUGAGGAGACAAAUAAUGGAGAUGAGUGCCGAUGAAGAAAAUGAAGAGGAGGAAGAGAUGGAGGAAGAGGAGGAUGAGGAAGAUGAAGGAUAUGGCUACCACAAACCCAAGAAAAGCCACCACAAGCACAUCAUCUCUGACUCAGGAAAGGAGAAGAGACGCCUUCAGCACCACUCCAGCAGUUUUGAAGAGGAAACCAAGAGCACCACUGAUGUUUAUAAAGGUUCAGUAGAGGAGGGUGAGGAAGAUUUGACAGCAUCACAAGGGGGCCUGAGGCGCUUCAAAACUAUCGAACUCAAUAACACUAAUAGCUAUAGCCGAGACAUGGAGCUGAGCAGUGAAAAUGAUCUGAGCCUUGAUCGGGAACCAGAGCUAGAGAUGGAGAGUCUGACAGGAUCUCCUGAGGAGCGCUCUCGAGGUGACUACUCCUCCACUCUGCCACCCACUUCAUCAUCAUAUGGUUCUGGUCAGUCUCCUACUUCCAUUUCAUCAAUGGAGGAGGAUAGUGAUAGUAGCCCAAGCAGGAGACAAAGACUAGAAGAGGCCAAGCAGCAAAGAAAAGCACGCCAUCGCUCCCAUGGCCCUCUCCUUCCCACCAUUGAAGACUCUUCAGAAGAAGAUGAACUGAGAGAGGAAGAAGAGCUUCUGAGAGAGCAGGAGAAAAUGAGAGAGGUGGAACAACAGAGAAUAAGGAGUACAGCACGGAAGACCAAGAGGGAUAAGGAAGAGCUGAGGGCUCAGAGGCGCAGAGAAAGGUCCAAGACUCCACCAAGCAAUCUUUCACCCAUUGAAGAUGCUUCUCCAACAGAGGAGCUGAGACAAGCUGCAGAAAUGGAAGAGCUUCAUCGAUCUUCUGCCUCUGAAUAUUCCCCUCAGAGUCUGGACUCAGAGGCUGAAGGAUAUGAGUCUAAACUUUACAAGUCAGGCAGUGAGUAUAAUCUGCCUACCUUUAUGUCUCUCUACUCACCAAUAGAGAAGUCAUCUAUUACGACUACUACCACAGCACCAUCAUCAACUUCCAAACCUCUCAAGAGUGCUGAAGAAGUUUAUGAGGAAAUGAUGAGAAAGGCGGAGCAGCUUCAAAAACAACAAAAACAACAGCAGCAACAGCAGCAACAACAUGGAAGGCACUAUUACGAGGAGGACAUUAAUGGACAAGCUUAUGAUGACGAGUAUGAAUAUGAACAAGAUCAAACAGGAUAUGACAACGAGGCAGCAGAGACAGAAACAGAUAUUUAUGAGGAGAUCCGACAAACAUCUCAAAACAUCACUAAGAUGCAGCAGGCCAGUGAUGAACAAGUAGAUAUUGAGAUAGAGAGCUCAUACCCAGACAAGCAGCUCCUCGAUACAGGCUCAGCCUUUGCUAAGCUGCUGGAACAAAGCAAUGCUCUUUUGACCCCAGGCACCAGCCCCACCCAGAUCUCAGCUCCUGUCUCCUUUGCUGAGACUGGAGGGCGGAUCCCUGAUGUACGUGUAACACAACAUUUCUCUGGAAAGGAUGGUCACAAAGAUAGGCUGAAAAGCCAAGCAGGAAAGAAUGGUAUUACACCCACUGUGGCUGCCACAACUAUUGCAGCUUACGGAGUUUAUGCCAGAGAUGCAGUAACUAUUUCACAGACUAGUUCAAGCCACACUAUCACGUCUACUCAGUCUGCAAUAUAUGGCCGACACACAGGCAGUCCCGCCACAUCCUCAACAACUGUUUCUAGUGUAUGCAGCAAGAUCGCAGAGAUUACUCAAGCCUACAGUCAAAGAGAAGUGAUCACGCGCAGGGUGGGGGAGACCAGGGGUGUCCAAGUGCGAGACAGCUCAACAUCCUCUACUGAGAGAAUUAUUGAACCACGUUCUCCCAAAUAUACAACUUAUUACAGGAGCACCAGUCCUCCUCUUUCUCCAUCCCCACCUCCACUGCAGAGUCCCACCCGAUCACCUUCAAGAAGGGCUACAGCAGAAUUCUCUACACAGACAUUCAGUUCAGCCAUGCGAUUGGAGUCAUCUGGCUCUGGGCCUUCAUCUCCAGUGAUGGCUCAGGGAACACAAACAUCACAUCGAUCUGUUUCCCCCCGGUUGUAUAGACAGCAGUCUUCCCAGGAUGCCCCAUAUUCCCCACCUCCAAGCCCAGCUAGACCAAUGACAGUCAACACUGCUACUUCUCCUCUCUCCUCACCAACUCGAUUUAGCCGACAAUCGACUUUUGAGACCUACUCCCCAUGUGGUAGUCCUCCAGAUACACCACCUUUCCAACAUUCUCCUACACGUAGCUUCUACCACACACAAAGAAUUGAGAAGGUAAAUGUGGGAACAAGUAUGGUCACCACAGCCAGUACUUAUACCAGAGGGUCUGUGUCAAUGGAUAACAUCUCCCUCUGUCGAAUAUCCACAGUUCCUGGCACGUCACGAGUAGAACAAGGUCAUAUGAUCCAAGGUGGAAGUGUUGUGGACCUUAGAACAGCCACCAAACCGGCCCCUAUAAUCAUGACUGACCAAGGAAUGGAUCUCACCUCAUUGGCCACUGAAAGCAGGAAAUACCAUGGCGGAUCAGAGGGUAGCAGACAUUCAACAAUUGUACAGCCACUGAUCAUGAACUUGAACAGCCAAGAGACUAUGACACCAACCACUGUGAGUGUCACUGUGGCUGCUUCAAUGUUCAUGACCCAGCCUAAACAACCCACAGUCUAUGGUGAUCCUCAUCAAGCCUGGGUUGAUCUCGGCCAAGGCAUGGGUUCAGCUGUUUGUCUUUCACAGAACAUACCACAAAUUUCACCACCAAUUGACCCGUCAAUACCAAAAAUUGAUGCCAAACUGGAAGACCUCAGUGUGCAGCAGAGGGAGCUGCAGAAACAACAAGAGAAACUGCAAAAACAACAAGAGCUUCUUGAACAGCAGUUACAGCAGCACCAUCAGCAGCAACAACCACCUCCUUUGGUCAGGUUCAACAUUGCUGGCCAGGUGCCACCUUUACAUAAAAAGGACUUGCUAGUCAGCCAGACAGGCACCACCCCAGCUGUUGUCAGUGCUGUAUUACCAGCCAUUAACCCUGAGUUGUAUGGAACUGGCCCCAUUGAGCUAAAAGGGCAGCCCAGUCCUCCUGGUUUAAUGGUAGGUGGUAAAUCACCACAUAGCAUGAUCGUACAGAUGGAUGGAGGACAAGAGCAGGCCAGGGUGGUAACUCAGUUAGUAAAGGUCGAAGAAGGACAGGAUGCUCUGGAUCAACUAGGUGGCCAAAUUAAAUCUGACAACCAACCAGCUUGCUGUGAUGUUGUCUACAGAAUUCCAUUUGGUGGAAGCUGUGUUGGUGGCUCUGAGAAAGAGGGCAUAAGGCCUCCUUCUGCACCACCCCUUACCUAUGAGUCAGACCAAGAAACGCAACCUGCAAGGUACCAUGAGUAUCCAAUGGAUGGGCAGAAGGCCUACACAUUACCUUUCCCUGGUAAGCUCCAGCCUUCAAUGUCUGAUACAAACCUAGCUGAAGCAGGGCUACAGUCGUACCAUUCUAAACUAGAGCCACAAUUCCAAGUAUCAGGAGAACUUGCUGUGGAUUUAACUGCGAUGAAGCAGGGUUACGGAGGGUAUAUAGGGAUGCAGUAUGGCUCCUAUACAGAUCUGCGUCAUGGAGGAGACAUUCCAACCCAAACACUGCCUAUAAGAAGAUAUAAUUCUUUGUCAAACAUCAGUUCAGACUAUGGCUACUCAGCCCGUGACAUUGCUGGCUUCCAAGAAGCUAACUUAGCUCAGUACAGUGCUACAACUGCCAGGGAGAUCAGUCGUAUGUGUGCAGCACUCAAUUCCAUGGAUCGGUUUGGCAGUAACCCAGACUUGAUGCAAUAUAGCACAUUAGGCAGAGGAACUGGGCCUGGGUCCUCCAGACUUGCAGCAGGUCUUGGCAUAAGACAAAACCUCCUCUUUGGACUAGAUGGGAAGCCAAUCUCUCACAGUCAAGCACUAACCAACCUCAUCAAUGCCAGACAGGCCAGUCUCAGAGCCAUGUACCCUGCUGCUAUUAGGUCUUCUGAUGGAAUGAUUUACUCCACCAUUCAGACCCCAAUUGCUUCCACACUUCCCAUCACAACCCAGCCAGCAUCUGUUCUACACCCACUACUAAGAGGGGUCUAUAGGCAAUACCCUUCUGCCAAUAUGACACCUGUGCCCCUCUCCAGUCUAACCAGGCUACCUUUGAACCCUAGAAUGUCCUUAGCUGGACAACCCCCUGUCCGUUACCCAUCACCAGGUAUUCUUCAAACAACAUCAGCCACUGCCACUACUGGUGGUGCUGCAACAACUUCAGCAACAGGAAGUGCUCCUGUGUCUGUUUCCAUGACAAUAGCUAGCUCUGCAGUCCAAGACGAACCAGUUUACCUUGGUAAAGGUGCCACAGUGUCUUCCUCAUCAGGUGAAGUCACCUCAGUUGGAGGAACACUUGUCAUACCAACAGAGCCACAGCAGCAACCAAUAAACCUGUCUCAGGCACACCUGAACAAUCAACAACAACAAGUGACAAAUGCUCAGCAGUCACAACAGCCUCCUCCAGCAGCCCAUGCCUAUCCACCCUCAGGGACAUCACACGCUGUCGGCCCCUCUGGCCCUCCCAGUGGCCUGCCUGUUCCAGGGGGCCUUCCUCCGUUUCCUCCACCAGGCGCCAUACACAAGGAGGGUGAAUCUGAGGCAGAGAGGCUGCAUCGGCAGCAAGAGCAGCUUCUGCAGAUGGAGAGAGAGCGUGUGGAAUUGGAGAAACUUCGACAAAUGCGCCUGCAUGAGGAGCUGGAGCGGGAAAGGAUAGAGCUAAAGCUGCACAGGGAAAAGGAGCAGAUGCUGGUACACAAGGAGCUCCAGGAGCUGCAGACCAUCAAGGAACAGGUUUUGCAGCAACAGCAGCAAGAACGUGAGAAACAACUUGUUAUCCAGAGGGAGCAGCUGGCCCAGCAGAAGUCCCAGCUAGACCAGAUCCAGUCUUUACAACAGCAGCUCCAGCAACAGCUUGAAGAGCAAAAGAGACAGAAAACAGCUGCAGCUCAGAGCGUCCAGCUGGAUGUAAACGGACAGCCCCUGCACCCCUACGUUGACUCUCAGAUGGGCUCCCGUUCCCUUCCCAACUCCUCAUCAGAGAUGUGUCUGAGGAGCCAGGAAGAGCACAUGGAGACCAGGAGUAACAUCAGGAAGCACAGCUCUAUGACCAGGCUGAGCAGGGACAUCUUGGAUGGUGAUGGUGUGAUCUUCUACAGCUCCCCCCGCAGGAUUGUGGACAGCUGUGUGCAGACAGAUGACGAAGAUGGGGAGGAGAGGUAUAUGAUGCGUCAUCGCACCCGGAGGAGAGGUCGCAGUGUUGACUGCUCAGUCCAGACAGAUGACGAUGACGAGAAAACUGAGACAGAACACCCGGUCCGCCGAAGACGCUCACGUUUCUCUAGGCACUCUGAGUCCAAUGCCGCCAGCAACAGCACUACUGCUACAACCAGUACAGCUCCUGACACAAAAACAGACAUGUCCAAGAUGGUAUCUACCAGCAUUGCUGUACAGACCAUCAGGGAAAUGUCUUGCCAGACAGAAGUAGAGCACCUAGGGAGAGUCUCCCCAGCAAUCCAUGUGACAGUACCAGAUCCAAAUAAAGUGGAGAUUGUACACUACAUCUCUGGUCCUGAGAGAACCCAAAAAGGGCAGUCUCUUGCAUGCCAAACUGACCCAGAAGCCCAGUCACAAGGUGUUGUAGCUCCACAACUUAGUGUACCAACUACAGUCAGUCCUUAUUCUUCCUCCACGAGUAGUGGAACACAACAAUCCGGUACAUCAGACCUUCUGACCCAGCAGCGCCAGCAGCAGCACAUUGCAGCAAAUGCAGCCAAGUUUGAGCGACGUCGCCCUGACCCACUUGACAUUAACUACCAGCCUCACAACCACCUCCACAACGAGUCCAUCUCCAGCAUCAUCCGGCAGCAGCAGACAAAUCCAAAAUCUCCGCAAGUCCUCUAUUCUCCUGUCUCCCCGGUGUCCCCUCACCGCCUGCUGGAGACUUCCCUGUCUAGUGAGCGGCUGAACAAGGCCCAUGUCACACCACAGCAGAAGUCCUACACAGCUGAGUCCCCCCAGCGACACCCAUCUAUGCCCCGACCCAUCAAGAGCACCCAAAGAUCCAUGUCAGAUCCUAAGUCCCUUAGCCCAACUACAGAUGAACACACCAAAGCCAGGCUGACCCUGUAUCAACAACAAGCCCUUCAGAGCCAGCUGGCAGCCCUUCAACAGAGCUCACUGCUCCGAAAGGUCAAGCGAACUCUGCCCAGCCCUCCUCCAGAGGAGACUACUGCAUCAGCUCAUCUGCCCAUGAUGACACCUGCCCUUCAACAGGUCUAUCUGCCCUCCGUGCCCAGCCUCAAGCCCAGCUCUCGGUCUGGCCUGGCAGCUAAAGCCAGCCUCCUCAAAGACCUCACUCAUGAGCUCAAGGCUGUGGAGCAAGAGUCGACCAAGCUGAGAAAGCAGCAGGCUGAACUGGAGGAGGAAGAGAAGGAGAUUGAUGCAAAACUGAGAUACUUAGAGUUGGGAAUCCACCAAAGGAAAGAGACAUUGGUCAAGGAAAGGGAGAGGAGGGAUAUUGCCUACCUGAGGUGUAUGGGGGAUGCGAGGGACUAUAUGUCUGAUAGCGAGUUGAAUAAUCUGCGUUUAGCAGCAGCUGCUGCAUCACAUGAGACCAAUGGGCUACUGACAACAAGGCCAAGUACUGCCCCCCUCAGCCAGUUCACUGGUGAACUGAACACAGCAGCCCAGUACCCACCAACCUCAUCUUUCCUCUCUUGUCAGUACCCCCAGAGCCAACCUGCAGCACCCGCUCAACAGUCAAGUGUGCCAUACCAGUCUGCAACAUUCAACCAGCCUCCCUAUCCAACAGUGUCUCAGUCCCAGGCAUUGCCACAGCCUACACCCCUCCAAAGCCACAUCCCCCCUCCAGGACCUGCUUACCAAUCUCAAACCUCAUAUCCUUCCCACACCUACCCCCAACCUCAGCCCCCAUACCCCCAGACAGACAUGGGGCUACCAGCUGCACCUCAGCCUCAGCCAGGGCAGACAGGUUUUGGGCCUGCACCACCAGGUCAACCUCCAUACCCCACCCACAGCUCACCAUAUCCCAGUGCUGUGUCCUACCCUAGCCAGACCGCCCCAUACCCUGUGCAGCCCCAAGCCGAUAUCCUGACUGUCCAUCCUGGAAGACCGAGGCAGACCUCACUAGCCGAUCUGGAACACAAAAUGCCCACCAACUAUGAGACAAUCAGCAAUCCCACAGUUGUGGUCACAACCACAGCCCAGGAUGCUACUUAUUCCAGUGCAGCUCCUGCAUAUGGUCAGUACACUGGAACAACAACCAUGGCCAGCUCCUAUGGCCCCUAUGGCUCAGCACCAGUCUCCAGCAGCUAUGGUGGGUAUGCCACUGUGCCACCCAGCACUUAUGGACAAUAUACUUCAACUGCAGCUAGUUCAUAUGGCCAGUAUACUACAACCACUGCUAAUACUUAUGGCUACACUACCACCACAGCCAGUUCGUAUGGACAGUACACUUCUACAGUUUCCAAUGCUUAUGGGCAUUCUGUAGACAGUCCCUCAACUUACAGCACAGCAGAGGGGAUGUACGGGGCUCCUGGCUUAGAGCAAAACAUCCCAAGGAACUACAUGAUGAUCGACGAUGUAAGCGAGCUGACGGCAAAAGAUGGGCUGGGCACGACGACAGUGGACAUGAUGCAUCAUGGCAGCAGUGGGCGAUAUCCAGGUGACAUCCAUAGCCACAGCGGCACCAUUGGCAGCACAACGCGUGGGGGAAGUGGCGGCUCCUCGUAUGGCAGGGCACCCGAGGAGGAAGCAGCGAUGCAGGAAGAGCUGUACGACCACCAUGGCAGGGGUAAGAGCAGCUACAGGCACGGACCUCUAGGGGGCAGCAGCAGCAGCGUGAGCUCUAGCAUGGGUGGGGGAUCCUCCUAUUACUAUGACUAUGACUACAAACAUGGCAGCAUUCGCUCCGGGGUACAGAAACCUUCGCCAUCCUCCAGAAGCCUUAUGGCUCCUGCUGUCAUGUCCUCCAAGCGCAGCAAGCACAGAAAACUGGGGAGUAUGGAGCAAAAAAUCUCCAAGUUUUCUCCCAUUGAGGAGGCUCGGGAUGUUGAGGCAGACCUGGCCUCCUAUGCCUCCGGAACAGGUGGGACAUACUCCUCUUCCCACAUUCGAGGGCGCCAGCUGAUUGAGGAUUAUGGCUUCAAGAGGAGUGCUUUUGAUGGUGGCAGUGGCACUACUCAUGGCAGUCGAUACUGUGGUUCGAUGGUGGACGACGAUGAUCGAAUUUACUACACCUCCACUGGCCGCUCCCGUUCCACUGGCUAUGGCAUGGACAAGAUCUCAGCCAGGGACUACUCUGGUUAUCGCAGCCGAUCCUAUGAAAGGGAUGAUCGCUCCUACCGAUCCAGCUAUAGCCAGGGGCGCCACCCAACCCGACAGUACUCUGAAGAGGAGAGUCCCCUCAGUCCACUGGGGAGGUUCAUGGGUUCUGGUCGAUCAUCAAGCUUAGGUCCCAACCCAUAUGACAGUCGCAGCAGUAAAUAUCCUUGCUAUGACGGCCAGUAUGGUUCCAGCCACUCGCUGCCAGAUGUACAAGACCACAUACGGGACCUUCCCAGGACACAUGUCUACAAAUCGGAUGAUACAUACAUUAUAGACGAUUAUUAUUGUGCUGUGUCAGACAGUGAAGCCUACCACCUGGGCCAGGAAGAAACAGACUGGUUUGAGAAGCCACGCUCCAGUUCUCGACACUACGGCGGGAGCCACUCAACUGGGAGAACCCGGCACGCUGUCAAACAUACCUACCAUGACUAUGAUGAGCCUCCCGAGGAAGACCUGUGGCCCCAGGAUGAGUAUGGCCAUGGAGGGCGACACUCUUCGUCCCGUGACCACAGGCACCAUGGUAGCACUAGUCGUCACUCAACCUCGUCACGUCAUUCAGACGAACGGUCCUCAAGGUCAUCCAAGGCACACCCCAAAGACCCAUCGUUGAGACACGACCCAUCAGGAAGAUCUUCUUCCUCGGGAAGGCGUGGAGAAUCGAGGUCAGGGGGCUACCACGCUUCUGACUACUCACGGGAUCCAUCCGGACACCAUCAUGGCCAGCGCUCCUCCAGGCAGGGAGAUCCACACAGAUCCUCACGCAGCAAAUCCCAGCAGCCACUUGACAUGCAGGGCCAACCAGCAGGCUCCUCCAGAUCUGGUAGCAGCUCUUCACGAGCUCAGGGCCCAGCUGGUGGGCCCACAGGAUCAGGACGACAGGGGGGUCCUGGUUCCCAAACAGAUGGGGGACCAGGACAGAGGGCCCAGCUCCAACAACAAGCUCAGACAUCAGCUGCAAGGACAGGUCAGCCUGGCGCCUUAGCAACAUCUGGCCCUCAGCAGCAGACCCCAACCCAGGGUCAAGGCAUGGGCAUGGGCAUGGGGCAAGGCCAGCCUAAGCCAGGGCAGAUGGGACCAGCAGGUGGACCUAUGGGGCAAACCAGGCAGACGGGUCCGGUGGGAACCACACCAGUCACCAUGGCCAAGAUCGACACGCCCCCUGUGACAGCAAUUGGAGCAAAGGCAGCACCUGUCAUGGCUUCAAAAGCAGCUCAGCCCCCACUCACAGGCAUAGGCUCCAAGGCCGCACCGAGACCAGGAGGCAUUGGCAGUGCAGCAGCAGGUCAGCCGGGCAUGGAGGGAGACAACGUGUUUUCCAAGAUCCUGCCGGGAGGAGCUGCUGAGCAGGCCGGCAAACUGGGAGAAGCUAUCACCGGUUUUGGCAAGAAGUUCACCUCUUUCUUCUAAGGUGCUAAGAUUAAGAUCAUUCCAGGUCAACAUCCACCUUCAGCAGGACUGUUUCCAUUCAUCCAGCAUUCUCAGGCAAAGACUUCAAAUCAAACAGCUGCAGAGCCUCUGGAUCCACAUCGUGUAGGAGUGAAAUCCAUCCCCGCACCUUCAGUGAACAAAGAAGAGAAGCAGAGGUUUCUCUGCGCUGCUCUUUCCCCACAGAAGCAAAGACAGGGGACACUUACGUCACCAGAGACCGACACAGAUGUCACCAUCGGAGUCCAUGUACCAACGUCCAAGAGGAUUUAGCUCUAAAACCACGAUGAAGGGAAAACAGAGGGAUGAUCUUAUUCUACAACUGGAGAAUGGUAACUUAACCACAGGCAAGGUGGCGUCUGAGUGCGUCAGAAUCUUUGUGUGACAGUCCUGUGCUCAUAGAUGGAAUAACUGCAAUCAACCAGCUCCUCUCCUCUUUUCUAUCUCGUCUCAAAGUUAACAAAAAAAGUGGGAAUGGAUUUUAUUUUUUCUCUUAAAGUCCUGCAGGUUUUUCUGGUACUGAAGACCUCCUGUUACAUCACCUGACAAGAGGGAAGUGUCAUUUUUGAAUGAAUAGGACGACAGCGAUGUCGCCGACACAGACGGAGUGCGUCGGCGAGCAUUUUCUUUCCACGGUUUCUAUUUACAUUCCAGAUGGGAACUGAACCUGUUGCUCCCCCUCUUCCUCACCUCCCUGUGUUUCUUGAAUGCCGAGUCUUCUUCCUUUCUUUCUUUCUAAUCCCCCACCCGACGAUCCUCAACUUUGCCAUGUCUUUAAAAAGAAAACAGAAAAAAAAGUGUAUUGUGGAUUUAAAAAAAAACAACAACAAAAAGUAGGAAUUUGGAAUGCAUGAAACUUUAUAUCCAAGACCUUACACUGUUCAUCAUGACUUAACCAAGGCCAUAAAGACACUGGGAAAAAAAAAAAAUAAAAAAUCCAAG